AGGGGAAGAAUAACGCGAUGUACACCAAAGAAUUAGUCUAUACUUGUUAUUAUGAGCCGUAGGAGCCUCCUCCAUUUUGGUUGAAUCUGUUCUGUGUCCAAUUCCACACUCCAAAAGCCACCCUCCACCACCCUUUCAUAGCGCAGAUACUGAAACAAUUAAAAGAAGACAAAGAGGGGGAAGAUUUUGGAUUUGGAAGAAUUAUCAUGACUUACGCUACUCACGUCCUUCGUCACUCCAAAAAGUUUUGCAUGCAGAUAUGACUUUGUCCUAUCUGUAGUUCUGCCAGCAAAUAUCUGAAUGGAGUGGCUAGUAAUCAUCGUUACAGUGGUAGUACUGUGGGUGGCUUCACUCUUUAAAAUUCUCCAUGAAUCUCUCUCUGCCUCACAAGUUGCAGUUUUAAAUGAUGGUGGAGUUUUUUGCAAGAGAAAUGUCUUGUUGGUUAUUGCCCAUCCUGAUGAUGAGUCUAUGUUCUUUACUCCAACCAUUAACUAUUUGGCUUCGAGAGGAUGUAAUUUGCACAUAUUAUGCAUGUCAACAGGUAAUGCAGAUGGUAUGGGCAAUGUCAGAAAAGAAGAACUUUAUUUAGCCUCAGUAAUGCUUAAGGUUCCACAAAAGCAAGUGAAAAUCCUUGACCAUCCAGAUCUACAGGAUGGUUUUGGCAAAUCAUGGAACUCAAAGUUAUUGUCAAAGAUUAUCAAGGAGGAAAUUGCCAAUUGUGAUAUUGAUUUGGUCGUAACUUUCGAUAAUUAUGGAGUUUCAGGUCACUGUAACCAUUGCGAUAUUCAUCAAGGUGUACGAAAACUUUUGCAAGAUGCUUCACAUAGAGAAGUAGAGGCCUGGGAGCUUGUGAGUUCUUCCCUUGUCUCUUUACCUUUGGUCAGCACUACCAUAUUGCGCAAGUAUAGUGGACCAGUUGACAUAUGGUUGUCUAUCCUAUCUGCCAAGUUUCAUUUAAGGGGAGUGGUGCAUUGCUUGCUAAAUGAACAUCCUCGAAGGAGCUUAGCUGCAAUGGCUCAGCACAAGAGUCAAUGGGUUUGGUUCCGAAAGCUAUUUGUCUGUUUCUCGAGUUACACAUAUGUUAACUGCCUUAAGAAGAUCAACUAGAGAUAUGUCAGAUUAUUGGUUCAAGAAGACACUUGAAAGGAAGAUCAACUAGAUAUUGGUUCAAGAACACUAAUGUGAACGAUAAGUAAAACCGCUCAGCGGAUCAUCUGAGCUGAAAUCCGACAUCUCUCCUGUGAGCUUUUCAACUUCUGAUAUAUUAAGAAGUACAGGCAGUGUUAGAAUUAUUAGUGGUUGCAAAAUAGCUGGUUUUGCUUUCUACUUUUGUCGAAUAAAUGCUUUUCACACUUUUUUAUUUCUAUUUUAUUUUGGUGAGUGCUAAAUGCUUGGUGCUUUGGCUUUGGUGAAUGAUCUGGUUUUGAUGAUACGAGGGAACUUAAUUAAAGGCUUAUUUUCUUUUUUCC